UCCAUCAAUUUGAAGAGAGUUCAUUAUUUUUGUUGUAUUUUACAGAGUGUCAUUUUAAAUAAGUGCUAGCCUGGAGAAAGUCUUUACUGUUUUGAACCACAGGCUUUAUAUUACCUUAAAAAGAAAUACAAAAAAAAAAACCUCUCAGCCGCAAGUUGGAUGCUUCUGGCAGCAGUACAAAUCUAGCACCACCCAGGGAGAGAGUGUAUUUGCUUCUCUGCUCACUCCUGUCAGGGUAGAGGAAUGCUGGACAUCGAGCGACAACAAGGGAGGCUGGCCAGAGCAUCAUCACACUGCUGCCUAGUCCCAAACCUUGGGCCUCCUCCUUUUGGAAUACACAGAUGUCAGAAACUGAGCUGAAGAAGAUAAAAGUAAGAACAGCUGAGAAUUCUGAAAAUGAUAAAAAUAACGUAUCUUGGUUGAAUGAAGAAUUAUCCAGCUCAACUCAAAAUCCUCUGGGAGAUCCUGAUACGCAACUUACAAAGGAAAAGCAUGCAGACGAAAAACCCAUUAAUGCUAUCGUUAUAAAUUCAGUAUCUGAAUUCAGUAUCACAGAUGGACCAGCCAAGGAAACCCCCAAUGAGAAAAAACUGUCAGAAUCCAGCACAUCACUUUCCUCCCUUGAAGAAUGCCAAACAAAAUUUUCCUACCUCCAAAAUGAUACUUCAGUUCAUCAGAGAGACACUGAUGAUGAGUGUGCCUCCCUUAUCCUCGCCUGUUUGUUUUGCCAGUUUUUAGAUUGUCUCCUGAUGCUCCCAGAUACAUGUGAAACAGUGUGCACCAACCUGUGCUGCCCCUCCUACAGGUAUCACCACACCUCAGAUGAAAACCACUCUCGGAAUGAUUGCAACUGCAACUGUGACAUGGACUGCAGCCUUUUUGAAUCCUGCCAUGAGACCAGCGAGUGUCUGGAGCUGGCCAUGGAGAUAUCAGAAAUAUGUUACCGCUAGCAUUAAGGAAGUAACCACAUUCCAGCAGACCCUUUGGCGGCCACGGGAGACUUCAUCCAACCAGACUGAUUUUCAUGUGCUGAAAUGUAAGGACUGUACACAUUUCUUGGAUGCUACAGGCCAUUUUAUUCUGCACCUGCCUGGGAAAACUAGUAUUGUCGACUAAAUGGUCUUAUUCCAAAUUUCACAACCGCAUGGCUCACUGAAAAGUAAAAUUCUUGAUCACAUAUGCUGAACUAAUCUUAAAUACCUCUUAAAUACCAUAGGUACAAGAUGUUUUUUGACUAUAAAAUGGCAUGCUAAACCACUCUGUGUAUUGCACUCAUCAGCUUGCAUCAUGGAUCCAACCUCAUUCACAAAUUCAGGACAAAUUAGAACAUUCUUUUAUAAUUGAAAUACAUUAGCUCAUCUUUCUAAUGAACUCAUGCAUAAACAUUAUGCAUUGGUGGUUAUUAUUAAUAAUGUAUUGUAUAACAUCAAUUUGUAAUUAAAAAUUUAUUUAUACAAUCCCUUUAAAUUCACUUAUAUGUAUAGUUUAGGUAGGAGGGGGAAUUAAAUGAAUGAGAAACCAUGUUCUUGUAAUUAUAAGAGAUGCCUCUAAAACAUCUCCAGUGAAUUUUGAAUAUGGUGUACUUCAAGAGAGUACUGUAAUUCUAGACCAUAUUAUUAAAUGUCUAUGACUAUGUCAUAACAGGUUAUGCAUAUUCUUAAUUUGUUACAGAAAGGCUCUUCUUUAUUCUAAUGAACAUAAAUGGGAAUUAUGUGCAAGUUUCAAGAAAAUGACCUCAGAUAAUCAUUUCUUCAUUUUCCUCAUUUCUGUUUGUCAGGUACAAUAAGCAACAGGAUAUUAAAACAGAAUCAGGUCAUUUUACCAAUCUAUCCUUUCUAUAAGCACACAAAAGAAAUACACAUGCAGAUACUUACUUAGCCCAGAGUUUUCAAAUACAGCAUGUGCUUCAGAAAUCACACCUUUUUUUCCUUUUUCUAAUAAUUAAAUUAAGCACUUCUUCAUAUGAAAAAAAUAAUAUGCAAUAUAAACUGGAAACUGAUUUUCAACUCAAAUAAAUUAAAAGAAAUAACUUGUGGGGGGAAACACAUCUAUAUUAGAGUUACUUCAGAAUCUUUUCUUUCUGUAGGCAUGACUCUAUAGUUAAUAAGCAAAUACAUUGCUCAAUAAUUUGUGCUUCUAUAUUCCUAUGGUGAUAUCUCAAUAUACUCAUUGAGCAUAAACGGCAUAAUGUAUCAAUAACCAAACAAAGAAGAGAACAGUGAAAUGGAGAAUUGAGGGAAUUUUUUGCUAUCUAGGCAAACAAAAACUUUGAAAUACCUUUUUUUUUGGCCUCACUUAGGUAAUUACAUGCAAAAGCAACAUUUGUUUUGUUUCUGUAACAUAGUAUAUUUGUCUGUAAUAAUUUCCCCCAAACCUUGAAAACGAUUAAUCUUUUAAAAAUAUUUUAAGCUACUGCUAACAAAACAUUUAACUGCUUUUGACUUGCUCCUGACAGUGCAGGACAUCCUUGGUUAACACUAGCUUCAGUUCUUAUUUGGCUAUUAUGUUACAAAAAAUAGAGCAUAAGAGUGUCCCUCACAUCCCUAAAACAACAGUCUCUCUAAAGCUCUUUUUUCAGACGCUCAAAGAGACAAUUCUAUGAAAAAUUUGCAGAUCAUUAGGGGGAAAAAUUAGAUUCUUACAGCAGCAGGAAGGGAAUGCAGGGCUGUUCUUAUUUAACAUUAUCAUUUUUCAUAAGAGGACAUGGUAGCCCCAAGAAGUAAACUAACUCAUCCAAGCUCAUAUGGUGAGUUAACGGCAGUGUCAGGAACUCUCUAACUCAUGGUCUAGUUUUCUGAUCGCACUCUACCACUCUGUA